CUCUGUCCAAGUCCAGCAGAAGAGCUCAGCCAUCGUCCAGAAAAAAUCCUACGUCCCCUCGAGCAGGGGCGAGUACAUUGUCACCAAACUCGAUGACCUGAUCAACUGGGCACGAAGGAGCUCGCUGUGGCCCAUGACGUUUGGCUUGGCGUGUUGCGCCGUGGAGAUGAUGCACAUGGCGGCUCCUCGCUACGACAUGGACCGCUUUGGGGUGGUGUUUCGAGCCAGCCCGCGGCAAGCUGACGUCAUGAUCGUGGCUGGCACCCUGACAAACAAAAUGGCCCCGGCUCUCCGGAAGGUCUACGACCAGAUGCCGGAGCCUCGCUACGUGGUGUCCAUGGGGAGCUGUGCCAACGGUGGGGGUUACUACCACUACUCCUACUCCGUGGUGAGGGGCUGCGACCGCAUCGUGCCGGUGGACAUCUACGUGCCAGGUUGCCCGCCAACGGCUGAGGCUUUGCUGUAUGGCAUCCUGCAGCUGCAGAGGAAAAUCAAACGGGAGAAGAGGAUCCAGAUCUGGUACAGGAAAUAAACUCUAUUUAUGACUGCCCACUCGCCGCCCCCCGGCGCGCCUGCUUGCAUCCGUACGCACAAUCACCGCUAUCACGAGCCUUCCAAUAAAACCCUACCUG